AUGGAGAAGGCUAUGGGUUUUCUGCUGCUACUGUUUUUAUCUCAUUUAACUUGUUCAAAUGCCGAUGAAGCUAAUUUCGAUGUUCGGCAGCAUCUUUCUACCGUGACCAGGUAUGGUGUCGUAAAAGAAGUUGCUGAGAAUUCCUUUGUACCUUCCAAUAUUCCUGAUGGAUGUAAUCCCAUCCACUUAAAUCUCGUGGCAAGGCAUGGAACUCGUUCUCCUACGGAGAAAUGGAUACAAGAGUUGAACAAAUUGGAAGCUAAUCUAAAAGAACUUCUAAGAGGUACUGAAGAACAAAAAUUGUCUUUGGAAAAAGUUCCUCCCUGGUUACGAGGAUGGGAAUCUCCUUGGAAAGGAAAGUCAAAGGGUGGAGAACUAAUCAAAAAAGGGGAGGAAGAACUGUAUGAUCUUGGUAUCAGGAUUAGAGAAAAAUUCCCAGAUAUAUUUAAUGAGGAAUACCACCCUGACGUGUAUGCAAUAAGGGCAACUCAGGUUGGUCGGGCGUCAGCUAGUGCUGUGGCAUUUGGAAUGGGGCUCUUCAGUGGGAAAGGAAAUCUUGGACCAGGAAGCCAUCGAGCUUUUGCUGUCAAUUGCAGUGGAAGCCCUGCAAAUGAUACAAUGCUAAGGUUUUUUGAUUCUUGUAAAAACUACAAGGAUUUCAAGAAUAGUCAGAAGCGUCUUGUUCGUAACCUUACGGAACCUAUCCUUGAUGAAAUUACCUCUGCAUUAGUGAGUCAGUAUCGGUUGAAUUUUACAAGGAACGAUACUUCUUCUCUAUGGUUUCUGUGCAAACAGCAAGCAUCCUUGCGGGACAUUACUGAUCAAGCUUGUAGUCUUUUCAGCCGUUCCGAGAUUGAGUUGUUGGAGUGGACAGAUGACCUGGAGCUGUUUAAAUUGAAGGGUUAUGGUGAACCCUUGAACUAUCAAAUGGGAGUACCAUUACUUCAAGAUGUUUGGCAAGCCAUUGAAGAAGCUAAAAAGGCCCAAGAAGAAAAACAAGCUCGUGGAAGCUAUGAAAAGGCAAGACUUCGGUUUGCACAUGCGGAAACUGUGGUUCCAUUCUCAUGUCUGCUUGGACUUUUUCAAGAAGGAUCUGGAUAUGAACAAAGACAAAGGGAGCAGCCCUUGGAAUUACAUCCUCCAAAGCCACCCCAAAAGAGAAAUUGGAGGGGCAGCACUGUGGCACCUUUUGCUGGGAAUAACAUGCUGGUUCUGUACAGCUGUCCUGCUAACUCUUCAAGCAAGUACUUUGUGCAAGUACUGCACAAUGAACAUCCCAUUCCAAUGCCGGGUUGCGAUGGUUCUGACUUUUGUCCGCUCCAAGUUUUUAAGGAAAGAAUAGUUGCUCCUCAUCUAAAGAUCGAUUAUACUACAGUCUGCACGAAAAAACCUGGAAUAACCAGAGCAGAACCCUUCUAUAACACCAGUAAAUUAUCACAGCUGGGGAAUGAUGAUAAACGGUCUCGUAAAGAUGAAUUGUAGUUAAUUCUUCAAGAACGUGUCACAUGUCUACAUAUAAGGUGGCUAAUGUGGCAAGUGCUGAGUGGCUUAGCAUAAAUGGGUUUCAGUCACAUGGGCUUUUGCUAGUCUGUUGUAACUGAUUGGGCUUUAUUAGUUUGUUGUUAACUGAAUCUAGCUGUCAAUGCUAUUUGAGCUAACCACUUGGGCUGAGCUGGCACACAAGUAGGUUAAAGAAUAAAAUGCCCAAUCUAUCUUGUAUUUUGGCAUUUCGUCGAUUGUAAUCUCUAAUAGUACAACUAGCUUAGCAGAUACAAAUAAUCUGGAGGAGUUUAGAUCAAGCUCGAAUUGGUCUGUAAUGGUGUAAUCAGAAUUCCAAUUAAUCAAUUCAUUGAGUUUCAGUGUCA